UCCAAGAUGAGUGACGCCUAUGUGCGGGAACAACAGAACAAUGCCCUUCUAGACUCCCUUGCGCAAAAGACCAACGCUCUGAAAUCGGUCUCUAUAGAUAUUUACGAUCAUGCCAGGGAUCACAGCACUAUCGAUAAUACAAGCGAAGUAUUCUCGUCACUAUCGACGAAUAUCAGAGGCAGUGCCGGUCGCCUAACACGAAUGGCGAGACAGGGAGAUAGAGUUGCAGUGUUUAAAAUUGCGGCGAUCGUUAUUGUAGUUGGAUUCCUGCUAUGGAUUAUUCUGGGCUGGAUAUUCUGAACUACGCGACGGGGAGUGAAGAGCGGAUAUACCGAAGUUGAUUUACCCUCCUGCGGUUUUUCGUCGUUUAUUCUUGUCAUGGCAGUAGUUUACGCCCCAUGACCUCCUGAAGACGGCACAAGGUUGGUUCAGGUUGUUUGCAUCAGUUGUUAGGUCAGUCUUGUUUGAACGUGCUGAUGUUUCUCUUAUCCUGUUUGGUGUUACGGUUUUUUAUGGAGUCAAUGUCCCGUUCUUUGGAAACUUUGUACACGAUGAAUUUGGAUUCGGGGUUUUCUUUUCCUUUUUUUCUUCAACUUUGUAAUAUGCAUUUACCAUUUUCUCCUUCCAUUUCUGUU